AUGAACGGGACACUGGUCACUGAGUUCCUCAUCCUGGGAUUCUCAGAAAUGCCUCAUCUUCAGGUACCACUUUUCCUCAGCUUCCUCUGCCUCUACACAGCUGCCAUCUCAGGAAACCUUCUCAUUAUGGUGACAAUCAGUGCCAGCCCAGCCCUACAUACCCCCAUGUACUUUUUCCUGGUCAACUUGGCUGUGGUGGACAUCCUCUGUACUUCCACCAUCCUGCCCAAGCUACUGGACAGCAUGGUCGGGGGGAGGACCAUCUCUUAUGGGGGCUGCAUGGCCCAGCUCUUCUUCUUCACAUGGUCACUGGGGGCAGAGCUUCUGCUCUUCUCAGCUAUGGCCUAUGACCGCUUUGUGGCCAUCUGCUGUCCCUUGCACUAUAGUGCCUGGAUGGGCCCCAGGGUGUGUGCAUUCCUGGCUGGCCUCGUCUGGGCCAUCAGCCUGACGAACACCAGCGUGCACACAAGCCUGAUGCUGCGUCUACCAUUCUGCAGCUCCAAUGUGAUAGAGCACUUCUUCUGUGAGAUCCCCCCACUGUUGAAGCUCUCCUGUGCUCCCACACAGCUGAAUGAAGCCAUGGCCUUUGCUGCAGAUGUGUUCCUGGCUGUCGGGAACUUCUCUGUGACCAUCCUCUCCUAUGGUUUUAUUGUGGCCAGCAUCCUGAAGAUCCGCUCUGCUGAGGGCAAGCAACGUGCCUUUUCCACCUGCUCCGCCCACCUCAUCGUGGUGACCAUGUACUAUUCCACCGUCAUCUACACGUACAUCCGCCCUUCAUCCAGCUACUCACUCAGCAAGGACAAAGUGGUGUCCGUCAUCUACACCUCGGUGGCACCCACCUUGAACCCCCUCAUCUACACUCUGAGGAACAAGGAUGUCAAAGUGGCUCUUAGGAGACUUCUGUCCUGCAGCUGAGCCCGUGCCGGCACCACUGCCUUCAGCUCUGCUCUCCUGGGGGGGUCCCAGGUUUGGUAGAAGUCCCUGUUCCUUCUCCUGAGGACACACCUGCCAAACCAGAAGGGGCAACUCUUUGACUGCUUCACUUCACCGAGAAGCCCUGGGACCUGCCCUUGAUACCCUGUAGGAUCAUAGAGUUUCCAUGACUAUGAACAUCAACAGUUAAGUGAGUCCUCCAAAACAUCAAACGUGGGCGUGGCCUACUCCUAGGCCUCUCUGCUGCAGUCACAUGAGCCA